AUGACGGCCUGGUCCAUGGUCAGAAAACUGGAAAUGGAAAAGAAGAGGCCGUCCAAAGAAGAUCGGGCGGCUGCAAGUGAGAUGGAAUACGAGAUGGGAGAUUGCAGUGGAGAAUCUGAUGAAUGGACCAGCUCUGAAAGUGAAGCAGAACAGCAGGGAGGAAAAAGUGCCCUCAGCAGCUACGUUAACACCCUUUUUCAAGGCAUGGACAUUUCCAGUAAACCACAUAGACAACUCUGCAGAUCCCCUUGUCUGGACCGUCCCAGCUUCUCUCAGAGCAGUAUUCAAGUUCCCCUUGAACAAGCAACAAAGUCAGAAGAUGCUAAGAGCAGCCUAGACAGAGAAUAUCAAGCAAAAAUGGACUUUGCCUUGAAGCUGGGCUACAAUGGGGAACAAAUCCAAGCUGUCCUCAACAAGUUGGGGGGCAGAUGCUCUUAUAAAUGAUGUCCUGGCAGAGCUGGUGAGGCUAGGCAAUAAGGGAGAGUCAGAAGCACAGACUAGUGGAGGCAGUUUGAGUAGCAAUCUUGUACCUAGAGGUCCUUGCACCAAAGAGAUAACAAGUCCUGAACUUUCUUUAGAAGAUGAAAUUGUUGACAAUUCAGAUAACCUCAGACCAAUAGUCAUUGAUGGAAGUAAUGUAGCAAUGAGUCAUGGCAAUAAAGAGGUCUUCUCAUGCCGAGGAAUACAGCUGGCUGUGGAAUGGUUUCUGGAGAAAGGCCAUAAAGACAUUACUGUCUUUGUACCAGCUUGGCGGAAGGAGCAGUCUCGACCUGAUGCCCCCAUCACAGACCAGGAGGUUCUCCGGAAGCUGGAGAAAGAGAAAAUCCUUGUGUUUACACCAUCUCGCCGGGUGCAGGGUCGCAGAGUGGUUUGCUACGAUGAUCGUUUCAUAGUCAAGCUGGCAUUUGAUUCUGAUGGCAUCAUUGUAUCUAAUGACAACUACCGAGACCUCCAAAAUGAGAAGCCUGAGUGGAAGAAGUUUAUUGAAGAGAGACUUCUUAUGUAUUCAUUUGUCAAUGACAAGUUUAUGCCACCAGAUGAUCCACUAGGAAGGCAUGGCCCCAGUCUAGAAAAUUUCCUGCGUAAAAAGCCUGUUGUUCCUGAGCAUAAGAAGCAACCAUGUCCCUAUGGGAAGAAAUGUACGUAUGGACACAAAUGUAAAUACUACCACCCUGAGAGAGCAAACCAGCCUCUGCGAUCAGUAGCCGAUGAACUCAGAAUAAGUGCAAAACUGUCAGCGGUCAAGACAAUGAGUGAAGGUGCGUUGGUAAAAUGUGGGACUGGGCCAUCUAAUUCCAAGGGAGAUGGAUCCAUGGAAGUGAAGAGAAUUGCUCCUAAAAGACAAUCUGAUCCUAGUAUUCGUUCUGCAGCUGUAGAGCCAGAACAGAGGCUCUCAACAGCCCGCAAAUCAGAGGCCAACUCUGUGCCAUCACUUGUAUCUGCCUUGAGCGUGCCAACUCUUCCACCUAAGACAAGCAGCCCUGUGCCUGGAUCAUCACAGUUCUCCCAUCAGAAAUCCUCUUUGGAGCACAUGACAAGUGUUCACUAUCCACCAAUACUGGUCACUAAUAGCCAUGGCAAUUCUGUCAGUUACACUGAAGAGUAUCCAAAAUAUGACUCUCUGGGAGACCACGGUUACUACUCAAUGCUAAGUGAUUUCUCUAAUUUGAGCAUAAGCAGUAUGCACAAUUCUGAAUACUACAGCACAGAGCAGGACAGAGCAGUAUUUUCAAGGAACUCCAGCCCAUGUCCAGAUAGCUGCAUGAGUCACACAAGCAGUGACUCCUACUCUUCAUACAGUGACCUGUAUUUGGGCAUCUCUGAUCCUGGACCUGAAGACAACAUCAAACCCCAAAGGCCACCUCCACAGAAUAGGCUGCAGCCAUUUGCACAUGGCUACCAUGAAGCUUUAACACGAGUUCAGAGCUAUGGUCAAGAGGAGCCCAUGCAAAAUUCCCGCAAGCAGUCCUCUUCACAUCUGGCUUUGCAUAUACAACAUCCACUUGUUGGGGCAAGGUCCAGCUGUCCUGGAGAUUACCCAGCACCAGAGAAUAUGCACCCUUCCGCUAAUGCUCAGCCUGGGAGAGCACUGGUCAUGACUAGAAUGGAUAGUAUAUCGGACUCCCGUCUUUAUGAGAGUAACCCCAUGCGGCAAAGAAGACCUCCACUGUGCCGUGAACAACAUGCUAGCUGGGACCCUUUACCUUGCCCCACUGACUCCUAUGGUUACCACUCAUACCCACUUAGUAAUAGUCUCAUGCAGCCAUGCUAUGAACCUGUCAUGGUAAGAAGCAUGCCUGAGAAGAUGGAACAGCUCUGGAGAUCUCCUCACUGGCCAGUUAUGGCCAGUGAACAUAGAGGACAACACAUCAUUCCAGAGCAUCAGUAUCAGACCUACAAAAACCUGUGUAACAUCUUUCCUCCAGCAGUGGUACUCUCUGUCAUGGAGAAGAACCCGCACAUGACCGAUGCCCAGCAGCUUGCAGCGAUUAUUGUAUCAAGGUUACGAUCAGGUCAACAGCACUGUUAA